CUCCCCGCAGCCCGGGCCCCCUCCCCGCAGGCUUCGGGAGGCGGGGACGCGGCGUCGGCGGCUUUUCCAGUCGCGUCUUUCUCCCUCACUGGGGAAACCGGCGGUGGCGGCACCUUCGGAGGCUGAGCAGCUGAGCCGCGAGCCCGUCAGUGGGAGGUCGGACAGACUGACUGCAGAGCCGACAGACGGACGGACAGCGGGGCCAGCCAGCCGGCUCGAGUCGCCUCAAGUUCCGCCAUGAGCUGGGGCACGGAGCUUUGGGAUCAGUUCGACAGCUUAGACAAGCAUACACAGUGGGGAAUUGACUUCUUGGAAAGAUACGCCAAAUUUGUUAAAGAGAGGAUAGAAAUUGAACAGAACUAUGCAAAACAAUUGAGAAAUCUGGUUAAGAAGUACUGUCCCAAACGUUCCACCAAAGAUGAAGAGCCAAGGUUUACUUCGUGUAUAGCCUUUUUUAACAUCCUUAACGAGUUAAAUGACUAUGCAGGACAGCGAGAAGUAGUAGCAGAAGAAAUGGCGCACAGAGUUUAUGGUGAAUUAAUGAGAUAUGCUCAUGAUCUGAAAACUGAAAGAAAAAUGCAUCUUCAAGAGGGACGAAAAGCUCAGCAAUACCUUGACAUGUGCUGGAAACAGAUGGAUAAUAGUAAAAAGAAAUUUGAAAGAGAAUGUAGAGAGGCAGAGAAGGCACAACAGAGUUAUGAAAGAUUGGAUAAUGAUACUAAUGCAACCAAGGCAGAUGUUGAAAAGGCUAAACAGCAGUUGAAUCUACGCACACAUAUGGCUGACGAAAAUAAGAAUGAAUAUGCUGCACAAUUACAAAACUUCAAUGGAGAACAGCACAAACAUUUCUACGUAGUGAUUCCUCAGAUUUACAAGCAACUACAAGAAAUGGAUGAACGAAGGACUAUUAAACUCAGUGAGUGUUACAGAGGAUUUGCAGACUCAGAACGCAAAGUUAUUCCUAUCAUUUCAAAGUGUUUGGAAGGAAUGAUUCUUGCAGCAAAAUCAGUUGACGAAAGAAGAGACUCUCAGAUGGUAGUAGACUCCUUUAAGUCCGGAUUUGAACCUCCAGGAGACUUUCCAUUUGAAGAUUACAGUCAGCAUAUUUAUAGAACCAUUUCUGAUGGGACUAUCAGUGCAUCCAAACAGGAAAGUGGGAAGGUGGAUGCCAAAACCACAGUAGGAAAGGCCAAGGGCAAGUUGUGGCUCUUUGGAAAGAAGCCAAAGCCACAGUCCCCACCCUUAACCCCUACUAGUUUAUUCACAUCCAGUACUCCUAAUGGGUCCCAGUUUCUCACAUUCUCCAUUGAGCCCGUGCAUUAUUGUAUGAAUGAAAUAAAAACAGGGAAGCCCAGAAUUCCUUCUUUCAGAAGUCUCAAAAGAGGGUGGUCGGUGAAGAUGGGCCCAGCACUAGAAGAUUUCAGUCAUCUGCCACCAGAACAGAGACGUAAAAAACUACAGCAGCGCAUCGAUGAACUUAACAGAGAACUACAAAAAGAAUCAGACCAAAAAGAAGCACUCAACAAAAUGAAAGAUGUAUAUGAGAAAAAUCCACAAAUGGGGGACCCAGGGAGUUUGCAGCCUAAAUUAGCAGAGACCAUGAAUAACAUUGACCGCCUACGAAUGGAAAUCCACAAGAAUGAGGCUUGGCUGUCUGAAGUUGAAGGCAAAACAGGUGGAAGAGGAGACAGAAGACAUAGCAGUGACAUAAAUCACCUUGUAACACAGGGACGAGAAAGCCCUGAGGGAAGCUAUACUGAUGAUGCAAACCAAGAAGUCCGUGGGCCACCCCAACAGCAUGGUCACCACAGUGAGUUUGAUGAUGAGUUUGAAGAUGAUGAUCCCUUGCCUGCUAUUGGACACUGCAAAGCUAUCUACCCUUUCGAUGGACAUAAUGAAGGUACUCUGGCAAUGAAAGAAGGUGAAGUUCUAUACAUUAUUGAGGAGGACAAGGGUGAUGGAUGGACAAGAGCUCGGAGACAGAAUGGUGAAGAAGGCUACGUUCCCACAUCAUACAUAGAUGUAACUCUAGAGAAAAACAGUAAAGGUUCCUGAAGAGGGUUUCUGAGGAAAUGGGCAAGAUGUUGAAGGAGGUUACAUGCAGCUGCUUUUGGGGGGAGGGUAUUAGAGUUGUCAGGCUCAGAGAGAGUGAGAGAAGCAAGUUGCAUGAGUGCAUGCAGACAUGAUUAUUUUUUACUAACUUCAUUAGCAUUUCUGUACGUUGUUUAAAAAAAUCAUUGUAAUACCAACCCUUAAACUUGUCAAUUACAGUUAUUCACAUAAAGGAAAAAAGCCAACAAUGGCUAACCUUUUUUUCCAUUUAUUUUACUGAUAUCCAAAUUGGAAAGAAUGCAGAGCUGUCCUUAAGUUUGUGAUAUCUGACUGUCCCAACAGGACUGUCCAUCGCAGCUCUUUUAAUUGGCUUUUAGAUCCAUUGUCUGUUAGAAUCCUUGCCAUUUUUGACUGUCCCAACAGGACUAUCCAUCGCAGCUCUGUUUUAAUUGGCUUUUAGACCCAUUGUCUGUUAGAAUCCUUGCCGUUUGUCAGUGUCUGCCUGCGUCACCUCUGUGCUUGCUUAACAUCCUGUUGCAUGUCUAGAGUGAUCGGGUUUAGAUUUUUCAGGCAUGUCUUUAUAAUCCCUUGUUCUUGUCAAAACCUUUGUUUUGUUUUACAUUUGUAGUGCAAAUCGCUUUGUCAAACAUCUCCAGCACUAAUGUUUCCAUCCUAGUAUUUGUGUACGCUGCUAUAACUUCCCCACUGCAAAACAUUCCAGUUUUGGCAUUAUGAAGAAGCAGUUUGUGAACCUGAAGUAUUUAUGAUCAGAAGAAAAAACAUCUCUGCUCUAGCCUACAGCCCAGUUGAAAGAACUCUUUGAAACAUGAUACAUCUUCAGCACCUCAGUCUGGGAAGAAUCUAUAGUCAGCACUGAAAUCCUGGCAUAAUAAACACAGAAGAUACUCACCACCUCAAGACAAAGGACUGUUGUCAGAAGUCAGCUGCUUCCAUUCAGACGCUGCCUUAAACUAGAGUGCCUAAAUCUGCUGAUUGCCAACGCUACCACUGCAGUAUCCCACAAAGGGCUUUAUGUGUCAGCUCAGUGCGACCUCCAUUAACUCGGCAGUGCUGCUAUAGCUGCCGAUACAACCUCGGUAGGUGGCUUUUAGAGCUCUACCAUGUUUGUUGGUGCAUCUUCAAAUUUACGCAUCAAACUAAAGACAUGUCUGAGUCCAUUUUACUUAGUGUUUUUAUGAGAAGUUUUAUGGACCUCCCUCCCAUUGUCUUUUAAUUUGGGGUUACUGUUUUCUCACCUAAUUAUUACAAUGAUAGUCUGUUUCCAAGUGAUGAUUUUAUUUGAACCACAUACAAUUUACUGAAACUUUGUAAUCUAUGUGCACUUUUCCUUGUAAAAUGGGAGUUUCUGUAUGUUUAUACUUGUAAAUAUAAUUGUCAUCAGUGCCCCUAUGCUCAUGUUGCUCAUGUUGUCCUCCCUCGCAUUUGUGAUUCUGUUAGUGACUUGUAUCUUAACUAAUUUCUUAGUGGCAUUUAAUAGGGAAGUG